AUGGUUUGGUUUGCCGGAUGUUUGUUGGUAUCGCAACUACAGAAGGUGCACAUGGUUGACGUGAGUUUUAUUACCUGGAGCAAGUUAGUGUCAGUGUCCGUGUCGGAACGAAUGAAGAUAAUGAAGAAUGCAUCCCUCUCCGAACAAACAACACAUGUCGGUAGAGAACCAUAUUACCAUCCACAAAGGACAUUAAAUGGUCCUAGCAUGACCGUAAAGGUAUGCCAAGCAUCAUCACUCUCUAUCUCCUCCCCUCCCUCCCCACCCCCUAACCCUCUAUACAUAUCUUACGACAUUUGCAUACCACUGAAAUACAGCAGAAGCCUUCUCCCAAGCGUCCGAAGGCUUGGAAUGGGCUGGUGGACAGUCAUUGACAAUCACAUCCAUACCUUAGAAAUGUCAUCACUGAUCCCAAAACCACAUGAAUUGCUGGAUACCACUUUUAAUAUUCAUUUUCUUGCAGCAAUUUAG